AUGACGGGAAGCACGAGUAGGCUUUCCACGUCAUCCAGGCUGAACACUCCACUAGGCGUCCGAGCGCGUUUGAACUCGUUAACGAACAACGCGCCAAAACCCAAGAAAGCCAUCUCUUCGUCAACGCUAACACUACAAGCGCCUAAACGCAGUCUUACACACAACUACCCGUCCUCGAUACGCUCUCAGUCGCCAGGCGAGGAGUCGGAUUCAGGGAGCGAGACAGAUUCUUCAGACGAGUAUGCCUUGAAAGAGGAAGAAGCGGAGAGGGCAGCAGAGGAGCAAGAGAUCCUGAACCGCAAGCUUGAAGAGUUGCAGAAGAUGAUUAACAAUGAAGCUAUUGGACUCGUCUCGAAUCCACGGCGGAGACGGCCCAAGAGUCUACUCUCACCACGUUCACCAGGGGGGAGCUCUCGACAUGGCGAGUCUCUCCUCUCCAGCCGGAGCCAGAGUCGGAGCCACAGCCAGAGCGUCUCGAGUGCUGUAUCGAGCAGCGCGGGAUCGCCUCAUGGUUCUAUACCCGACAUACCGUCACCCAGCGGCGAGUCAGGUCGAAGUUCACAUUCCAAUUCGUAUCCACAUUCGCCUGUGGGAAGGCAAUGGAGCCAUCAUAACAGCAAUGGCAGAACUACAAGUCCGCCAAUCGUGAAUAGAAGGAGCGUGGUGGGGUAUGCACAGAGGAAUCAUCCACAGUCGGAUGAGUACAAUACUAGUAGCUAUGGGUCAGAGGCGUCGAGCUUCAGCGACUUGAGCGAUGCGAGUCUAUCAGCGUCAGCGCUGGAGAGCGCACUCAUGUCUAACAUCCGUGGUGCUGGUUCACGGUUCUCUCAAUUUGCCCAUAGCCGUGUGGGCAGUAGGCUUCCUCGCUAACAUGUCUAUAUCGCAUGUACAAUGUACAUUCCACCCUUGCUUGACUCGCGUUCAUCCCUGUACAAUGUAUAUAAUAUUGUUUUAUUGAUACAAA